UUAUCUUUGGAAUGGAAUGUAUUUUAGGUCGAGGAAAUAAAGCUACAAUAAGGAGCACGUGUUGGUCCUAGCGUCUCCGGGAUCAGCUAUACCAAAAUACCACUCAUAGUCUCAUAGUGUAUGUUCAUCACAGUCGAAAAUGUUUGGGUGUGAUGUUCAUCUUCAAUGAUACCAACCAAGGAGAUUCGCAGGUAUUGUCCAUCGUAGUGUUCAUUGCUUGGGGUUAUGUGAUAGCUACUGGUCAUUAUAUGUCAAACCAAAAUUUAAGAAAAAGUCAACUGAUGUGUUAAAUUUCUUAUAAUAUUCAAAGUCAUGGCAUUUUCUGCUGAUGCUGCUGCUUUCCAGGUGCAGGAACGACUGAAAGCCUUAUAUCAUCUUGUGCAUGAGAUUGAAGAAGAAAGAGUACGGAGUGAACAUAACCUUAACAACAUAUCUAAAGCACAUGACAAAAUAAAUCAAGAAGAAAAAGUUUCUCCAUAUUACCAGCAAAAAUUGAAAGGCUUAUACAAAGCAGCAGUAUCUGAUGCAGCUCAAGAAGAGGAACUUAUAAGAAAUGCCCUUAAUAAAGUGAAUGAAAUUCGGGCAAUUAGAAAUGAAAGGAGAAUUCAAGCAAGAAAUGCUGGUAACAAGGAGACAAUUCGUAGAGGGGCUCUCAUGAAAAUGUUGCAGAGUUCUGCUCAGACCUUACCACUUUGGGUGGGAAAAUUAGGGGAAAAACCACCACCACUUUGUGGAGCAGUUCCAGCAGAACCUACAUAUAUUGCAAAGAUGGGAGAUAUGGUGGCAGCUUUAGUUAAAGGUGCUGAGGAAGGGGACAAUUGGAUUCUGGCUGAGGUUGUGCAGUUCAACCAGGCAACAAAUAAAUAUGAGGUGGAUGACAUAGAUGAAGAACAGAAGGACAGGCAUAUUCUUAGUAGGAGGCGUGUUGUUCCUCUUCCUUUGAUGAGAGCUAAUCCAGAGACAGACCCCCAUGCUCUGUUUCCUAAGGGAGCCACAGUAAUGGCAUUAUAUCCCCAGACAACUUGCUUCUACAAAGCAGUUGUGAAUCAGCUGCCAACUACUUCCACUGAAGAAUAUGAAGUUCUGUUUGAGGACUCAUCUUAUGCCGAAGGUUAUUCACCACCUCUCACUGUGGCACAACGUUAUGUUAUAUCCAUAAAGGACAAGAAAAAUAAAAUUCAAACUUGACACACA